CAUGCGUGAGCCAGAGAAGUGCGUUUUAGAAUGAUUACUAGUGGUUGCCAGCGGAGAGACAGAUUAUACAGCUCUACACAACUGUUGUUUUAAUCCCCUGGGCGAGGAGAUUUAGCAAAGAAAAAACACUGGUUUUAAACCCAGCAGCCAUAUUGUAUGGAAAAACGACGGAAAGACUCCUCGUUUCAGAAAAGUCGUGUUCUCAGACAUCUCUGUCAAGACUUUUGGGGACUUUAAUUGUUUUUCCUACUGGCGGCGCUGGGUUUCUUUCGGACAUCUAGCUAGUUUGCCAGCUGGUUGAGGAAUUCAGACAUUGGGACUAAUUUUGAGUCAUUUAAAACACUAUUGUUGUAUUGUCUUUGGUUUAAAAGUGUUAAAUUAACCGUGUAAAACAUGAAGGACCGAUUGGAGCAACUGAAAGCGACGUGUGAUCAAGAUGAUGAUGAGGUGGAGAUUGCUAUGGACAACGCAGCCUUCAUGGACGAAUUCUUCUGUCAGAUUGAGGACAUCAGAAGCAGUAUUGAUAAAAUUGAUGAGAAUGUGGCGGAAGUCAAAAAGCUUUUCUCAGUCAUCCUGUCUGCUCCCACAUCAGAUCAGAAAACACAAGAUGAUUUGGAGGCAAUCACCAAUGACAUAAAGAAGAUGGCCAACAAUGCAAGAAACAAACUCAAGACCAUUGAGAGGAAUCUGGAGGCAGAGGAGCAGGAGAGGGUGUCGGCUGACAUGCGAAUACGUAAAUCACAGCAUGCAGUGCUGUCCAGGAAGUUUGUGGAGGUAAUGACAAAGUAUAAUGAAGCCCAGGUGGACUUCAGGGAGAGGAGUAAAGGACGCAUUCAGAGACAACUAGAGAUCACUGGAAAAGCAACAACAGAUGAGGAACUGGAGGAGAUGUUGGAGAGUGGCAAUGCUGCUGUAUUUACUGCAGGGAUUGUGGACGCUGGGGUCUCUAAACAAGCCCUGAGUGAGAUUGAAGCAAGACACAAAGACAUUGUCCGUCUGGAAAGUAGCAUCAAGGAGCUGCACGAUAUGUUUGUAGACAUUGCAAUGCUGGUGGAGAGCCAGGGUGACAUAGUUGACAACAUUGAGCAGAAUGUAUCAAAGUCAGUGGACCACAUAACAGUAGCUAAGGAGCAGACCAAAAAAGCUGUAAGGCAUCAGACCAAAGCACGCAAGGGUGGAAUGAUUGACAGGAUCGAGAGCAACAUGGACCAGUCAGUGGGCUUUGUGGAGCGGGCCGUAGCAGAUACUAAAAAAGCUGCAAAGUUUCAGCAAGAAGCUCGUCGUAAAAUGGUGAUAAUAGUGGUGGUUGUGCUGGUUUUGCUGGCCAUUUUAGCUCUCAUAAUCGGGUUGUCAGUGGGAUUGAAGAGAAGCUGAUGAGCUAUUUGAAUAAGAGGAGAGCUAAGGAAGAUGAUCAUAAUUGGUGUAGUCUGUGCUGUAGUUGUUCUCAUCCUCCUCAUCAUCAUCCUCACCCAGACACUAUAACAAGACUGCUGGCAUUAUCAGUUUAUUCAUCAUCCACUCCACCAUAUCCUCCUACAGCAAAACAUGGAUUGGGAUCACUCCAUUUGGAUAUGAUCAUAUUUAACCUGCAGAUGUACAACAAGAAAACCGUUGUCCAAUCAGAACUGCCCUUCCCGGUCUGUAAGGAUCUGUUUGACUCCCUCAGUGGCUUGGACAGUUGAGGAUGUUCUGCUGCAAAUGAGGAAAUAAAACUGAAGCUGACAUGAGGUGCAUUACCUGUUGUAGCUCUGCGGAGGUGAAAAGAGAAUUGAAAAAUAACCAAUCAUAAUGUCACUAAACCUUUCACUGCCCAACAUACACUUUCAAAGAAUCAGCCUGGAAUUGUUUGUCAUCUGAAACUGAUUUUAAUGUCCAGUAUGUGGGAACCUUGUAGAAGCACAUCAUCUCCCUUAUCAUUAAUUCUUGCCUUUAUGAGCCUUAAAACAUUUUCUGAUUGAAAAGCUAGCUACUGUGUGUUCACUGUAUUGGGAUUUUGUUGGUUUUAGGAGGUGUUCCAGCACUUUCACAUUUCAAAAUAUGUCUAUAUCUGUAAUUAAGGUCAGAUGAUCAUGUGAAUAAUAUAAUUAUUAUUUUGUGUGUCGUCGAUUUAUCCAGCCCUGAAUAUGACUCGGUUCUUUAUCUUGGAGGAUAGGUGUGCACGCUUAUGACUCUUUAGUUUGUAGAGCCCAGUGGUUCUAAUUUUAAAUAUGACGGUGCUCACAGAAACACAUUUCAUGGACAGGUGAAGCUAAGCUAUGCAAAAAAACAUGCAUUCAUUGCUUUAAAAUUAUCCUAACACUUUGAGAAAUGCCUCAUAUUUGUUUUGUAUUUCUGCUAAGUUUGUAACAAUGUUAGCCAUCUUGACCUUCAACAUACUAUAUAUAGACAAGAUUGCCUUCCCUUUUAAAAUGAUGUUUUAGUACCAAAGAGAGUUUGGUAGUAACACUAUUUCAAUUUCAGUGCCAGAACAGUCUAAGAAGUAAGUUAAAGUAUUACAUUUAUUAUACGUUGUGAUGAUAUUCCUAAUUAAGUUGCAUAUGAGGAUCUAGCGUACAGUAAGGCCUCCCUGACUGGUGGCUCCUUACUGGUGUUACAUGCAUUUCCUGGCAUAUUUAAAUACAAGUCACUAUAUUUUGUCAACUUACGCAUCAUUUGCCAGUUUAUAAGGCACAACUAUAUGAAACUAAUGCAUUCUAAUACACCGGCCUGCAAUAAAUCCUGUUGUCAUGAAGGUUACAAUGUAAUAUUUUAGUUUAAAGAGCUUUAGAGCUAUUUUGGUUAAACUUAAUUAACAGAGGUUUGCAGGUGCAAACUUCUUUGUGUAAACAUUUAGGAACAGCAGCACUAAGUUCAACCUACAAAGAAACCAUAAAGCACAUAUCUAAAGCGGUUUCAACCUGAACUGUAAAUGAUCACGAAAUGAUGAAAAAUCAGUACAUACUUUAUCAACUUUAUCUAGCCCUGACAAAAUCAAAUGUUAUUUUACAUAAAUCUUUGAAAAUGUCAACUAACCAAAACAAAUGCAGAAAUUACUUAUUGCAGGGCUUUUCUAUUAGACUGCAUUAGUUUUACAUGUAGCUAGGUGUGACUAAUAAAUUGGGUUUUACUGGUUGGUCGGCAUCAUUUCAGUAGGUCGUUUUUUUUUCUGGUAAGAAGGAAUGUGUCUCACAGUUUAUUGAACCACAAUGCACAUGUCACCCAGAGGCUUUAAUCAGGCAAUUCAAGCAGGUGAAUUCAAUUGUGCAUGCAAUGACUGUAUUAGAGACACUAUUUCCACUUAUUAAAGAGACCAGUAAUGAACACAUGUUGGGGUUUUGUAGUGCAAAGAUGUAAUUUGUAAAAAUUUCCAGUGCAUUAUGAUGACCACCAUCACUGAGCGAAGUCUUUGUUUCUGUUAGACCAGAGCCUGAAUGGUUCCUUUUGAUUCUGGUUGUGCAGUGAGUGCCCUCCCCAGCGUGGUCUUUUGAACACACCGUCUGCUCUUUUGGCUUCUGCCCUUGCCUGUUUAAUGCUUCUAUUCAAGCCUUGUUCUUCACACCACUUUAGCCAUGAGUAUGGACUGCAAUAAGAGAAGGAGGAGAACACUGAAGCUGUUGUACACCGUUUUAAAUUAAGAUGAAUAUAGUUUUUAUUAAAAAUUAAAGAUUUUAUGUUUUCUAACAACUUGGUUCACUCGUGUUUCCUUGCAAUCUUAUGCCUGUCCCUUUGUGAGUGACAGAAGGUAAAUAUGUAACUGAAUUUUUAAACUUUUUGAUGACUGCAUGUUAUGGAGGAGCAGUGUGAAUGUUUUUAUGGGAUGGUAGUAGCUGUUGUCAGCAGAUUGUUAAUGCAGCAUGUGUUGCAAAGUACAGUUUUUAAGACAAGUGUCCAAAGGAGGUAAGUUUUUAACCUUUUUUCUCUCUUUAUACACACACACUCUCACACACCCUAAUCACCUGUGACCCUUUGUUCUCCUGAAUCAUUUCCUCACACCAGUGGCCAUUAAUGUGAAUAAUUGUAAAGCCUAAUUCCAGUGAUUGCUGCCCUCUGACUCCUGUCUAUUUUCUUUUAUUAAAUCUACAGAAAAAGAUGAUGAUUACAUUGUGUUGUUCCAUAAUUGGAAUCGUCGUGUUCUCCUAUAUCUACAGCUUCUUCUCAUGAAAGGUUUUACACAGGUAAAACACCCGCAUCAGCCUUUAACACUAUGUAUUCAAUUCUUUCACAUUGUGUUGAAAUAAUGUCAUAUUUUUUUGUCUUUGUGUUGUUUAAAGGGAAAAGAUAAACCAAGUUUCCUGAGGUGCUCCCCAGUUUUACCCUGACCAAUAUUUGAAUGAUUUCAAAUGUAAUAAUAUUCAAAAAAAAAAAAGAAAAAAGAGAAAUGAAACCAUAAUGUCCCUGUGCACUUGACCUUUUAUUAAUCAUUUGCAUUUAAAUGAUUUUCUCGCUGUAUACAGUGUUUUAAAAUGUGUAAUAAAUGUGUAGAUUUUACUCAGUCUGCCUGUUCAUAACCAGAUGGUUCAACCUGUGACAUAUAAUCAUUUUGGACCACUCUGGUUGACUGUAGUAUAACGCCCCCUGGUGGUGCAUAGAGGGAGUCGUUUUUAUUUAUUAACAGGAAAUUAUUUCAAAGGAUCCUUAAACUUUGAUUAAUCUUGUUUUUGUUUGCUGUCUUUGGCUCUAAAAUACCUUUCACGAUCAAAAACAUAAUUGUGCUCUGUUAAAAAAAAUAUCCAAUUAAGUAGCAUUUUCUGACAUAUUUGUUGUCAUAAUUUGAUUAAAUUGUGUGUGAUUUUGUUGUGCGUGAUCUGUCUGUAUGCAUAUGUGCUGAUGAAAUGCUCGAUGGUCGUUUCUGCCACUCGCUCACUGGCUGUGUCAACCCAGUAAUGCCUGUUAUGUAAUAAAAGAUUUUUGUGCGUUGUACCAAG